AUGGCCGACAGACCAGCUCCGUAUACCAUAGCCAUCAUCGGCGGUGGCGUCGCGGGUCCUGUCCUCGCCCUGACAAUACUCUCUAACCCCGUCCUCAAGGAGCGCUACAAACCCGUGAUAUACGAGCGCCUUGCGCGCCCCAAACCAAGCGCAUUCCCUGACUCAAAGAGCCACGGAGAAGACGAAUCCACCCACGCUCCUAGCGCUGCGACGUAUACAGCUGGCGCCGCUGUUGCCCUGACCUCCAACGCCCUCUACCCUCUGUAUGUCCUGGGGCUGCGGGACUCGCUGGACUCUAUUAGCUCUGAAACGGCACGAAUCAAGAUCUGGCGCGCCUGGGACACCGGGAAGCAUAAAUACUGCCAACAGUUGAACAAUCCGAACUGGCAGGAGGACUUGGGGACGAACCUCCGGGUUGUGGAGAGGGCGGGGCUGCAGCGCGUGGUUCUUGAUAGGGUGCAGGAGUUAGGCGGGGAAGUGAUUUGGGAGAGGAAGGUUACUGAUGUGAAGGGUGCCACUGGAGGGGGUGUUAAGGUGUGCUUUGAGGGAGGGAUGCAGGUCGAAGCGAAUCUUGUUGUUGGUGCGGAUGGGGGAUGGUCGGUUGUGAGAAGGCAUAUUAUGGCGACAGCAGCAGCAGCAGACGGUGGGCACGGUGCUGAUAGAUGGAAGCCCGAGUUUGCAUACGCGGAUGGGAUUUACGGUGUUUCCAAACCCAUGGACAGGGCCCGCUCGACUGAAUGUGAGGAAGAUGUGCAAGACGGAGACACUCAUUGGGUUCUCCUCGACUCAGGCACCGCAUCAACAUGGGCUCUGCCUGGCGGCAGGCAGUUCUGGUCUAUUUCUUUCCCUUCCAACCUUCCUCCUAAGAGGAUGACAGCUGCUGAGCACCUGCAGAAACAGAAAGUGGAUAAGCUCUAUGGUGCGGACUUAAUACUAGGUGGAUAUGACCUGCAAGAGACGCGGGGGAUUCUGAAGAGGCACGAGAAUGCCUUUCAUCCUAUUGCGGGGAACUUUGAGGAGUUGUAUAAGAGGAGUGAGAGGAUUGUUAGAGCCCCUCUGUGGUAUCAUGCUUGGGAGGAGAGUGAGAUUGGUGGGAAGAACAUCGUUGUGAUCGGAGACGCUUCACGAUUGAUGCUGCCGACGAGCGGCCAAGGAGCGGGAUUCGCCAUCGAAGACGCCACCGUUUUGGCUAAUGAACUACUGAAUAACCCGCCCUCGUUAGAGAAUGGCAGCUUAGAUUUCUCUAGAGCGAUUGAGGCGUAUGCCCAAGCUAGGGUUCCAAGGUCGAAGAGCAUGACCAAGCAGAGUUAUUGGACAGGUCAGCUAGGGCUGGGAGCUCGCUGGUGGUGGCGGUGGUUAAGAGAUUUUGCGACCACGUAUAUGCCCCUUGGAGGCGAUUCGAAAGCGAAGACAGGCAAGAAACCGAAGGAUCCGAUGGGCUGGCUGUAUGAGGUACGGUAUAAGGUUGAACUGAGAGAAAAACAGAACAAUCUGAAAGUUUAA